GGGCGGUCCCUUUAAAGGGUGGGGCCUGGCGGCGGAACUGUGGAGCAUCGCCGAGAGGCGCGACGAGGAGGCUAAAGCGCUGCACCCGGAAGUAGUUUUCGCCAGCGGGAGCUGUGCCGCCGGAGGCCUUCCCGCUAUGGGCCGCAACAAGAAGAAGAAGCGAGAUGGCGAUGAUCGGCGGCCUCGGCUCGUUCUCAGCUUCGACGAGGAUAAGAGGCGGGAGUACCUGACAGGCUUCCACAAGCGGAAGGUGGAGCGGAAGAAGGCAGCCAUUGAGGAGCUCAAACAGCGGCUGAAGGAAGAGCAGAAGAAGCUCCGGGAGGAGCGCCACCAGGAGUACUUAAAGAUGCUGGCAGAGAGAGAGGAAGCUCUGGAUGAGGCAGAUGAGCUGGACCAGCUGGUAACGGCAAAAACAGAGUCAGUGCAGUACGACCAUCCCAACCACACGGUCACCGUGACCACCGUCAGCGACCUGGACCUCUCGGGAGCCCGGCUGCUCGGGCUGCCUCCGCCUGAGCAAGGGGCUGGGGCCGAGGAGGAGGAGGUGUCACCCGUGGAGAAGCCAACCAAAGCCUUACCCAGGAAGUCCAAGGACCCCCUGCUGUCCCAGCGGAUCUCCUCCCUCACAGCAUCGCUGCACGCACACAGCCGCAAAAAAGUCAAGAGGAAACACCCCCGACGGGCUCAGGACUCGGCCAAGAAGCCCCCAAGUGCCACUCGCACCAGCAAGAGCCAGCGCCGCCGGCUGACAGGUAGAGCCCGACACGGCAGGGACUAAGCCCGAGAACCCAGCCAUGCCCAGGCUUCUGCUGCCGGGACCUGUCUUGUCUCACCUUGGCUCUCCCAGAUGGUGACUCAACGGCCCAAGGGUGGGAUGCCAGGACCCCUCCAGUGGGGGCUGCUCCUGCCUGAGGACCACCUUCAAAGCCAAGCUUGGGGCUCUCCCAGGUGUCUCCUCCUCCCCCAGCACUCAUCAGGUUGUGAAGCUAUAUGCACUUGUGGUUUUUUCACCCCUGGCCUUGCUUCUGAGCCAGGGGCAGGCUGCUGGGGUGGUAGAAAUGGUUAGGGGGUAGUGGGUCCUUCCUCAUUCUCCAGCAGUUUUCCCUGUGGUAUAAGUGUAACCAUUGGUAGAAGCCGGAGCCUACCUGCUCGUCCAAGAAGCAGGCACUGGGGCAGGGUGGGUGGCAGUGAGCAGUGCCCUCAGCUGGCUGAGACUCUGGGCCUGUCCCUUCUCCUUGGUCUUGUCAGUUUCCUCAGCUGAAUUGAAGGGGCAGAAGCAGGUGAGUUCUGGAGCCCUCCCCAGCCCCAAAUCGCAGUUUCCCUAGGCUUCCAGAAGCUCCCAGGUGGAGCCCAACAAAUAAGGGGUGGUUCAUCUGUCUUUUCUAAAGAAAAUGCAUUUUGGCUCGUGUAAAAGUGUAGCUUUCAGGGCAGACCUGUCAGGAGCCAGCUAGAGUUCUGGCAAAGGCCUUCAUUGCUCUACAUGCCUUUUAGAUCUUCAUGUGUGGCUCCAGAGCUGAUGAAAAUCAGCCUGAUCCCUUCCUUGUCCCAGCUUGUGAGAUCCCACCUCACUCUGCCCUGCCUCACUUACACACCCCGCUGUUCCCCUGACUGAGCAGGGCCGUGGGCAGAAUCCAGGCCCACCUGCACAGGUGGAGACUCAGUGCCAGUGAGGGCAGCCAGAGCUUCUGUUUGUCCCGGAGCACUGUCAGAUCCCCCCUUGCCACUUGCUGGCUCCUUUGUGAUCGUGGAGUGGGAACCGCAGGAACUUCGGGUUGUGCCCUAGGUAGGGGAGCUGGGUUGGACCCUAAACACUAGGGCUGCAAAGGGGAGUAGCAUGUUGUCUCUGCCCUGGGUAAAGCUCACAGACACAAGAGAGGCGGACAGGCCGAUGGGACAGAGCAUGUGAUGGGGGAGGGAGCCGAGGUGCAGGUUCCACCCCAGCCAGGGAAGUGAGAGGGCUCCUGGGGGAGAGGGAGAGGAAGCCUGGGAGGCAGGGCAGGCCUCCUGCACUCCAUGGAGGGCCUGCCAGGAGCACCCCGCCCAACCACUGGGCAGGCUUCAGAAGCGUGGCUCAGCUAGGCUGCGCCAGGGGCUGGACAGGCUGUCUCCCAUGUCACCCUCAAAACUUACCAUCUGGUAAUGGCUGGUGCCCAUCUGAAGGCCACGCCCGGACAUGGGAAUGCGAAGCCCAGGGCUUGUGGCUAGGACCUACCCAUUGGCCUGGCCUCUCAGCUCCCUCCACCUGUUCUUCCUGCUGCCCGCUGCCCUCCUUUCCUGUGCUUAGGGUGGGGCAACUCGCCCCGCUUGGCUGCCUCCAUGCCUGACAGAGGGUGAGGUCUGAGGCUGGGCUCUUCGGGUGGUUCUGGAACUCAGCCCAGUGUAUCGCGUGUGGGCCUUGCCCACCCAGACCUCAGUGAGCAGGAGCAGGGCCGAGCCCUGGGAUUAGCGAACACAGCGGGCCUUGAAUCUGGGCUUGCCACGUCCAAUGGGCGAGCGCCUCACAGUGCUGACCUCUGGGUCUGAUUUCUCACGUGUAAGUCGACAUAGGAUACCUGCCUCUUAGGGUUGCCCUGAGACUCAAACGAGACCCCAGAUAUGAACUUCCCGUAGUGCUGGCACUCCCUGGGCGUGCCUUCAGCGGGUGCUCACAGCUGCUGCCGUCACCUCACGUCUGACCCGGGUCGCUUCACCCAUCUCCAAUGAUAUGGGGUCAUUUACAACUUAUAUUCACAAUAUGUAAUGUUUACAAGUAUUAAAUUCUCAUCCACUCCCUCCUGUGUAUGCUGUCAGUUCUUCCAGCAAACCAGGGAGAUUGAGUCACAGUGAUUUGGCCAAUCCUAGGAUCAGGAGCAGAGGAAUCAACUCCCUGGAGAACCAACAUCAAAGUCGACCACUCGUGGCUAAUAAGACAUGGUCCUCAUGUCUCCUGGAGGAGUCAGACACGUGGAGGUCAGGGGCUUAAAGUGUUAGAGGUCAGACAUCUAUCCAAGUCCAAAGGGGCACAGAGCUGGGAGAAGGGCGUUGAAGAAGGCUUCACCACCUCUCAGCUGGAGCUGGGAUUUAAACUGAGUGACCUCUGGCUGUACACAUGAACAU